CUUAAAAUCAAACUAAAAAUAGUAAACUCUUGGCCACCAUUUAGUACACCAACUAAGGGAUGGCUGAAGAAUCUACACCCAGUUAGAUGCUCAAAUGGUGAACAAAGCAUGGCGGAUCAUACCAAGACCAAUCAUGGAAACCGUUCUCAACAAUCACGCUCACCGCCACCGCGUCCAUCAACCACUCAUUCUCCACGGUCCCCGUGGUGUCGGCAAGACCACCCUCAUCCUUGAACGGCAUCUCGAGAACUGGAACAAGGGGCCUCAUGCCACUGGUUACAUUGACUUCGCACAAUCAAUUGAAGAGAACCACCCACACCAUGGUCAUUCGUUUCCAUGGGCAUCUUGGUCGAAUUGCAAACCACCAUCUCUCCCCACCCUCCGGACCCAACUAGAGCAGUGUCUGGAGUCCAUGGCUGAAAAGGGUGUUCAACUCGGUACCAUAAGCUCCCACCAGAUUUGCAAAACUCUUGGAAAAUGGCAUAACCUGGAUACAUCUCUCAAAAAAAUUAUUCAAACUAAGAACAAAACAACCACCUCCAAGAAGGCUUUGUCCAAUAAAGUUUCAACAUUAUCAUUGUGGGACAAGGCUGUAUGCACGCUAACUGCUCGACUAAAUGCCACAGAGAUCGAUGAGAUGUUGGGGUUAAAAGAGAAGGGUUUAAACGUGAGUCUCCAAGAGACUUCUUAUUAUAGGGAAGGGAUAGUUGCUCUGAAACUCGCUAAGGAAGUGAUCAGGGUUCAACAAGGGUUUAGGGCUAACGCUGUUAAGCAUUUGAAUAGAACUGGUGGGUUUUCAAGAACUUUGGCUAAUUCAGCUACUGAUUGGCCCUAUUUGUUGCUUGAGUUGUUGUCUGGAGCUGCUCAAUCUGACUACUUUCAGCCAAAGUUGGUAAUAAACAACAUCGAAGUCUUGAAAAUUGCUGCUUUGGUGGAUGAUUCAUCAGUCUCUGGAUCCAUGUAUCAUGACAGUUUGAUAUGGAGAAUAAUAGCUUUAGGUGCAAAUGAGAUGUGUUUGCCUAUCAUUCUCAUAACAUCUGAUAGCUAUUAUUCGUAUGGAGCUUAUAUGGAUUUUGGGUUUCCUGACAUUUUCAUUUCCCGUGAGACAUUUGGAUGGACUCCACAACAAGCCAAAGUACAUAUGGUUCCAGAUUACUUUAGCCAAUCAGAGUGGGAUUUAAUUGUUGAGGUGCUUGGGCCAAAUCCAUGUCAUCUGUUUGAGAUAUAUGCUCUAAAACAGAGCAAUUACUACCAAUCGCUCAUGGAUGAUAAAGAAAAUACAUUCGAGGACAUUAUAGAUGCGUAUAUAGCAUAUUUGCAAGUUACUGUUGUCAAUCCUGCAAUGGAUAGAGCACUAUCAAUCUUGCAAAAGUUUGCUCUUGAUGCUCAAAAGGGCAAAAUUGUAAAAGAUAAAUUACGAUUUGGUGCCCCUUGGAAGCACCCACCAUGUAAGGAUGAUCCUUGCCUGCGUUCUGAAUGGGCAAAGCUUCAACUAAUGGAUUUUAUCCAAUGUUUAGUCAGUGCCGAGUUUGGGAUUAAUUAUUUUGCGGAUUGUAGCCUUGAGAUCUUUGAUGAUCCUUCCGUUAAUGCAAUGAUGGAGGUUGGUUUACUGUAUGUGCAGCGUGAUCCAUCUUUCUUUCGCCCAAUAUCUCGGGCUAUUCAGAGAUGUCUUGUGAGAUGGCUUGUUCAGGAGAGAAUUCACAUGAGCUUUAAAAAUUCACUGCUUUUUCGAAUUCAAGUUUAUGCAGAAAAAUGCUGAUUCUUUUAGUGGUAUUGGUGCCUCAAAAACUAACAUAUUCCAUUAACAGUUGCUUGCAGAAGCUUUAAUGUGAACAUCAACAAAGGAACUGAAAUCAUCUUUUGUACAUCCAAAUUGGCUGGUGAUGGAACAUACAAAAACUGUUAAGUCCUUCAUUAAGUCCUACAAUAUGAAGAUAAAACAGAUGGGCUAUACCUUUAAAGAUUCGGGUGUGAAACCUGAUUUUUUGAAAGAUGUUACAAAUAGUUGACUUAAUUUUUCUGAGGUUAUGGAGCAACUUCAGUUUUGAUUAAAAUAUAGGUGAGAUUGUUGUACAACUCAUAAAUUACGUAUACACAUGUGACCAUUUAUUGAAACUGCAACAUCUAUUAUUUUGAUUUUAUAUGUUUUGUGUUG